GCGGGACACGGUGACAACCGGGAGUGUGCGGGGACACGGUGAGAACCGGGAGUGUGCGGGGACACGGUGAGAACCGGGAGAGUGCGGGACACGGCAGCUGUGCAGCCCCGCCGCAGCGAUGGAGCCCCGGUGCCCGCCCUGGCUGCAGCUCUGCCCCCGGCCCUGCCGCCUGCUGUUGCACGCCCUGGCUCUGUCCGGGCCGGGGGCUGCGCUGCGGCUGCUGCAGCGGGGCCAGCCCCACCAGGGCCCGGGCCAGGCGUUCCCCUGGCAGGCGCUCACCGCAGCCCUGUGCGCCCAGGAGCCCUGGCUGGAGGGGCCAAAGGACACCUUGGCUGUCAAGCCACGGCUGCUGCUGCUGCCCGUUCUGUGCCAGAGAAACCUCCUCUCCCUGCUCCUCGUGGUGCAGGAUGCAGUGCCACGGGACUGCCUUGAGCAGCUGCUCCAGGCCCUGGAGCAGGAUUCCCGUGUGGAUCCCUGGGUGCAGACACUGGGGAAUCUGCUCCAGCGGGGACUGAAGGCAGAAGAGAGCUCCCCACGUCCCCCUGCCCUGUCUUCUGCAUGCCAGCAGCAGCUUAGGGGCCUAUGCCAAAAAAUUGCCCAGAAGAAACCAGAGGGGCAAAGAAAAUGGAACUGGUGCUUCAGCAAGCAGCCUGGUGCCCCUGACUCUGUGCCUCAAGGUGGGAAGUGCAAGGAAGUGCCGGAGGAGAACCUGGAGUUGGACAAUGAGAGAGAAGGGAAGAGGUUGUUGCUGGAGGAGGCGGCAUUUGAGCCCCUGGGGUCCCAGGAAUGUGGAGAUGAGGCAGGGCUGGAAGAGGAGGUGCCUGAGGAGCCUUCAGGGGACGCCUCUGCUCAGAGCACAGCUAAAGCUGCUCAGGACAGCUCCCAGCAGGAUGCAGCAGGGGAGCUCAGGAAGAUUUCCCAGACAGAGCUGGCAGCCGAGGUCCAAUCCUUUGUCCAGAUGCAUGGACAGGGGCUGAAAAUGCUGCUGCUGCAGGAGUCCAGUCACUCCGAGCUGCGCACCCCCUCCAAGCUGAGCAUCCUGAACAACUGCUCCCCCAGCCAGGUGAGCCCAGCAUCCCUGCUGCAGCUGCUGCAGGGGCCUGCUGCUGUCCCUAAUGUCCCAUCCCCUCAGCUUGAGGGGCUGUGCUCCUUCCUGCAGCUCUCCACGUGCCCUGAGCCCUUCCUGGUGCGUUUCUGCAGCUGGCUGCUGGCUCUGAGCCCUGACCUCAGCUACACCAGCGCAGCCAUCCUGGCAGAGCAGCUCUUCCUCAGGCGAGUAGGUGCCAGGGCAGCUUUCCUGCUCCCCGUUCCCCUCUCCACUGUUCCCACAUCCUGCCUUUUCUGUCCCCAGGUCCUGUCCCUCACCCAGCCGCCUUCCCGACACCUCAUGGCUGCCCUGACUUCGUUUUGCUCCAAGUAUUCCCAUCCCUUCUGCCGUGUGCUGGUGGCUGCGGUGCUGCAGGGGCCAGGGGAAGGUGCUGAGCAGACCAAGCUGCUGUGCGAGCUCGUGGAGGAGUGCCUGGAGCCACACUCGGUGCAGCUGGUGCUGAGCCAAGUCCUGGAGGUGCCUUUGUCAGAGAAACUCCUGCCAGUGCUGCAGGCCGUGCUGGGGCGGCAGGAGGUGCUGCCCCCGGAGCUCUUGGAUCUCCUGGUCCUGACCCUGUGCCAGCAGGCCCCGGCCUUCGCCACAUCGCUCGGCUUCGCCAAGCUGGUGACGGCCGUGCUCACGGCGUGCCAGAGCCAGGUCAGCCCAGCUCAGCGGAGCAGCCUGGCCGCUGUCCUGGAGCGCAGCAGUGCAGCUCUGAAGAAAUCGCUGCAGGCUGUGCUGGAAGGGGCCAGGUGACGGCCAGAAGGAAUCUGAGGGGGCAGCUUCCUUGCGUGGAGGACACUCAUUACACAGAGGCCACAGCCACCCCUCCCUGGGUUCUCCCUGCUCAGGUGGGACCCUGUGAGUGGGUCUGGUCCCCACAGAGUGCCCAGCGCUGCCCCUGCUCUGAGGGGCUCUUGCUGGGCAGUGCCAUCCCAGCCCCCCACACUCCCUGGGGCUCAGAGGGGUCUUGGUGGAACAGUUCAAGUGUUUCCAGAUGUUUCUGUGUGUUCUGCCUCGGGCCUGCCACGCUGUGCAGGGUGACCUGGCCCUCCUGUGCUGGGGGCAGGGCUGUGGGGUCCAGGCAGGACACAGCCCACGGAGAUCUUCCAGGCCCUGGGUUCUUCCUGCCCAAAACCCAUCACUGAACCAGCACAGACAUCGGUUUGAGGCUGCAUGAAGUUGAUAAUUCUGGAUUUAGUUCACUGUCUUGAUUUUACCUCGGCUGAUUCCAAGGCACGAGCUCCACGCACGUCCACGUUCCCCCCCAACAGCCGAGCUGGUUUCAGAGGGGUGCAGGCUGAGCUGCUGUUUGUGCACCUGAUCUGAUGGGAUUUACGGAUCUCUGGCUGCAGCAGAGUGGGAUUUAACUGAAUUCCAGCUGAAUUUAACUGGGAAAUUGGGGUGUUCUGCUUUAAAUCCAGCUUUCUUUCCUGUUUGCCUGGCCGGUGAGGGGCCCUGCUGACACAUUUUUGGUGAUGAUGACCCUACUCAUUGCCCUAAUAGAAAAUGCUUGUGUGGCAUGACUCUGCUCAAAGUUCUAUCCUGUAUUCUUGAAAAUACCCACUGGAAACCUCAUCUAGGCACCUCCUGGUGUGAGAACUGAGAAGAAAAGGUUGGGACAGAGUGGAGACUCAGGCAGGCAGAGCUAGGGUUUCAGUGGAGGUUUUGAAUCAUUGCAUUCAGGAGCUUCAGAAACUAUUUAAAAAUCCAUAAACAUCUACAAAGGGAGAAGGAGAAUUAAAACAUGCAGGUGUGACGUGUGACUGCUCCAGGUUUGCUCAAUAAUGUUUAGAUCCCAACCAGAGGAAGGAAACUCUGAAGCAUUAGGUGACACUCUUAAGGCUGAGAGCCAGAUUUCUUUAUGUAAGAAUCCCUUAAGCUAUUUUAGGUGACAGUGGACUGAUGAGGCUUCAAAGUCCGCAUUAGCUGCAGGAUAGAAACCUCCAGGGAGCCAGAUUGUUGAUGUGUUUGCAUUCCAGUGAGUUAGUGGCUGAGUAAAGUGAAGCUAUUGUAGGGCUGCCCAAAAUACGACAUAAAUAGAAAUUGUGCCAUGAUCAUCAAGGUCUAAGCCUGCUCUUCUGGCUUUAUUAGGUAGCAGGCUCUGAUCUUCGCAGUUUCCCUGCAGAGCUUCUACCAAGUGACCUCGGUGUCAUUGUCCCCAAUGCUCUGUCUGGCUGUGGCUGUUGGUCACAUGGAGAUGACCACUGGCUUGUGGCAAGUCCCUCUUGGCCCUGGUUUUGCUCUUGGCUGCAGCUCCUUGUGUGCUGUGGGUUCCUCUGAGGUGUGCACACAGAUAACAAUCCUGUAAGGAGAGCUGGGAGCACGCCCUGGGGACACUGCACAUGCUGGUGGAGCACUGCUUGUUUAUAUGGAGGUUAGCAGCACAGAAAAAUUCACUUUUCACUCCUCUUGACCCUUUCAAGAGCUUAAAAAUCCAUCCUGAGCAGCGCAGAGAGGUGGAUGCAGCAUGAUCAGUCAGAUUUUAUAGUUCAGCAGAACCUUGGCCAAGGGUGGCAGGAGUUCCAGGACUGGCUUUGUCCUUGUCCUGAUUUAAGAGUGGUGAAUGUGAAGGGAAUGGUCUGAAGCUUUGUCUGAGACCUUUCCUAGGUGAUUUUCAUCCAGUUUACUUGUGAUAAUUGGCAGUGGUUCCUUACCUGCUUCCUCUUCUGUUUGUAGAGUUUUGCUUCACAUUACAGAGAGGAAUUCCCUUUUUGGCCUAGUAGUUCUUGGGUUUUUUUGUAGGAAAUUCUUCAUAUGAAGUUGCAUGGGUUGGCUGUCCACUCUGCUGCCUCCACACCCUCCACAGGGACUUUUGAACCAGUUCCAUGACAAGAUGAUUCCUCCAUUGCCUUGGUGGGGCUGUGGUCAGGCAGCAGUGAACCUCUUUGGGGUGAGCAGGGUUGUUAAACAACAGACAGGGCCCUUGGGCCAUGCAGCACCUUGUUGGAAAGGGCUGAAACUCGGUGAUUUUCCUGAAAAUGCCCUGUCCCCAUCCCCCAAGGGGCUGCCCUUCUCCAAACAGGAGCUCCAGGUUGUUGCUGUUUCCCCUCCUGCAGCAGUGCCAGGGGUCACCCCACUUCUCCCUGGGGGUAACUGCAUGUCCAGUGACAGCCCACUAAUCUCAUAUGUAAUCCCCAACAUGCUGAUGCAAUUCUACCUGCAAACCUGGGGGCUGUGACACCCAAAUGUGAGGCUGAACUGCUCUGGGAGAGGCUUGGCAAUAUUUAUUUUUUUCACUUGGGAUUUAAAACUGAAUAAAAAGGAAGAGCAAUUUUC